AUGUCAAGUCAUAUAUUCAAAGAUAUUCAAGAUAAAGAAAAUGAGUUAAAGACUUCAGGAAUAAGGCGUAAGGGAAUUAUAAGUAAUGAAAAUGCUGGUCCACUCUUGAGUAAGGAUUCGAAUAGUAGACAGGUACAACAACCACAACAAACACAACAGCAGCAGCAGCAGCUGAAAUUUACCAAUAAACGAAUUCCACUUGGUGGUAAGAACCACAACUCAAACAAGUUGCUUUUGAAUAGAUCACAAUCAAGCUUAAAUACAAAACCAACAACACAAGGUAUUACAAAUGUUAAACCACCAAGUUUGCCAAAGUCAAAUUCAAGUUUGGGUUUUUCUGUUGUACUGGAUCAGCCCACAGAACAGCAAAAGCAACUUCCUCAACCAUUUGUGGUACAUAAUGAGCAGGUGUUACCGGUUAAAAGAAAGCUAUUACAGGAUACAAAAGAUGAGCUUUCACAAAACAGUAAAAGAGUUAAACUUGAGAAAAAAGAGUCAAAUGCUAAUACAUUUACGGAUUCAUUAACUAAGCCAACUCAAAAUGUUUUGGCUCAUGUUGAUGAUUUGCAAACUACUAUCUCAUCAAAAACUGAUCAACUAAAUUCGUCUAAUUUAACUCAUAACGACAUUAACCGGAAUAAUGUCGAUCCUGUGAAACGCAAUCUGCGUUUGAAAGCUAUUGAUGAUUUAGUAGAAUCUCAUUGGCAAGACCCAAUAGAAACUAUUCCAGAAACUGUUGGAGCAGAGAACAAUAACGGAGAGCAGCUUGAAGAAUUGGAUAUAAAGUUCUUUUCGACUCCGAAUGAGAGUUUUGAUAUUGGUGACUUGGAUGAAAAUCAUUUGGCAAAUAAUGAACAAAAGUUGUCUUUGGAAUUGGACUUUGAAGAUGAAAGUAAUGUUGGAGAAAUACCAAUUAUUGAAGGUAUUGAUGAGGAAAUUGGUUUAACUAGCGAUGAUUUGGAUAAUUUAUUAGGAUAA